UGAAAACAUCGUAAUUUAUUUGAAAACAACAGAUAACUCGAACCGUCGAACGCAAAUGAAAAGCCAUUCAUACGGCUCAUACUCCUUACCCAAUCGAAUAACACUAGAUUUUAGAAGUAAUAAUAAUAAUGAUUGGGAAUAAAUCGAACGAGGACAGGGGUGGAUCCAAAUGGAAGAAGGAAAAAAAGAAGAGAGUGCUAGUGACAUUUGACAUUGAUGGAACCUUGAUUCGAACCACUGGCCCCACUUCUAACAAUCUUCAUCACCGAGCCUUUUCUCAUGCUUUCCUCCAAGUCUUUGGAAUCAAGGGUAACAUCGAUGUCAUUCAGCAUCAUGGUUCAACUGAUCCAGCAGUCCUCGUGAACACGCUUUUGCACUAUGGGAUACCUUCUGAGGCUGCUAAUGAAAAGCUCUCUGUUCUGAAGUCAAAGAUGAUUGAAUUUGCAAAGGAUCAUGCCAAAGAUAUCAAAGAGGGUCUUGAAGUGCUUCCUGGAGUUGAACCUCUUCUUCAAGCUUUGUCAUCAAAGGAUAAUGUAUUUAUUGGACUGGUUACUGGAAACUUAGAAGACAUUGCUUGGAUGAAGAUGAAAGGCUUGGGUAUUGAGGAAUAUUUCAGUGUUCCGCAUAUUGGAGGAUUCGGGAGCGAUCACAUCGAUAGAGGUCAUCUUGUCAGAAUUGCUGCAGAAAGAGCUGAAAAGCUUUUUCCUGGGAAUUUCGAUUUGCGAGUGCAUGUUGGAGACACUCCAAAUGAUAUUCAAGCGGCUGAAUCUGGGGGAGCUUUAGCAGUAGGAGUUUGCACUGGCAUCUUUAAGAAGGAAGAGCUGGAGCAAGCCAGUAUUGGAGGCGCUGUCAUUCUCCCAAGUCUCGCUGUUUCACAAGAGGCUAGCUUGAACUGUGGACAAAUCCUGUGCCCUUCAAUACAAGAGUAUAUCGUAGAGUAUAUUGUAUAAAGAUAUUAACAAGCUUAUGGAGUGUGCACAGAAGAUGAAGCAAGGCAAUCAGGAAGUAAAGAGAAUGCUGGUUACAUUCGACAUUGACGGAACUUUAAUGCAAAGAAGUGGCUCCAAGUUUGACCAUCUCCAUCAAGCCUUCUCCCAUGCCUUAUUCGAAGUCUUCGGCAUCCAUGGUACUAUCGAUGUUA